AUGGCCGCUCUUCAACCCUAUCACACUACCGAGCUAUCAACCCACCUCCACUAUCUGACCCAAUGCCUCGCCUUAGCAGCAUAUUCUCCCCCCAAACCCACCAAUUUCCGUGUCGGCGCCAUACUUCUCCUCAGACGCUAUUUCCCGCCGACCUUGGGCACGACCCCAGAUCAGCAAACCACUUUUGAGGAUAAGAUUCUUUCGACGGGAUACACCCUUGAGCACCGCGGAAACACACAUGCCGAACAAUGUUGUCUGUCGAAAUACGCUUCUCAUCAUGGGGUCCCCGAGGAAGAUGUAGGCAUACCGCUGCAGAAGGAGCGGGGAGAUAAUCCCAAUGCGAAAAUUCUCAUGUACGUCACCAUGGAGCCGUGCGGUAAGAGGCUAUCAGGGAAUAAACCGUGUGCGGCGAGGAUCGUCGAGGCAAGGAAUCAUGGACGGGCGGGCAUUGAUAGGGUUUAUUUUGGGGUUAAGGAACCAGGAACGUUCGUGGGUCAGUCGCAAGGCUGUAAGAUGCUGGAUGCGGCGGGAAUAGGGUGGGAGCUCGUUGAAGGGAUGGAAGAUGAGAUACUGAAAGUUGCUAAGGCGGGGCAUGGUCCAAGGGAGGGUGAAACGAAUGUGGACGACAUCUCCAUUGAAGAACAAAAGAGACAGAAAGAGAUGCCAAGGAACCCGAAGAAGAGAAUGAUGGAGAUAUGA